CCAGGCCUCUCGGACCGCCGACACUCAUCCUGCGGGACGCGCGAAGCCCGGUCCGGGUAUCUAAGGCGACGACGGUCCAGUUUUCUGCAACUAUAACGCUAACUAAAUGGGAGAGGGAGAUUUUUUUUCCCCCUUAGGAGACGUUACACCCGCUACUUGGUCGUAACUGUCAGCUGACACCAACUGCGCAGCUGCGGAGGUCCAGCUAUAGAACCCGGAAGUAAACAUAUUGGUCACGUGACGACGGCCGACGAAUGAGUUCACAGUCGAAAGCGGCGCGGAUAUCACUAAUCGAACCCCAACAACGACCCCGUGAGAUAAUUUCUAGCCACGAGUUCGACUCUGUUACCCUUUUAAACACACAUCCACAUGGCGGCAAACCCCCCUGGACCAGGUUUGCAGAAUAAGGCCCGGGUGGCCAUCCUGGCAGAGCUGGAGAAGGAGAGGCGGCGACUCAUGCAGAAUCAUUCCAUGAACACACCGGGAGCCAGCAUUCCACUGUGCAGACCCAUGCUGAAGGAGACCAGAGAAAACACGGAGCAGCAGCACAUCCUUGUACAGCAGAAAGCUGCUCUACAGCAUGCACAUGCACACUCAUCGGGCUACUUCAUCACACAAGACUCCUCAUUUGGGAACCUCAUCCUUCCAGUUCUUCCUCGCUUAGAGCCAGAGUCUUGACUGUUUACUGUACAGUUAAACAAAUGUGAAGAUUUGUAUUGAUCCAUUGGUUGCAGCCAUUGGUACCGCUGUGUUUUGUUACUUUGUUGACACUUUAUUUGUGCUUUAUUUCCCAUUGCAGUAUUGUUUUUCUUUAAUAAACGCAGUAA